GGCAGAAAGUACUUUGCGGCGAUGCAAGUCAAUCAGCGCGCGCCUUUUGUCGCCGACGACGAGGACGUCCUCGCGAUGGACCAGCUCCUCUCGGACCACGCGCCCGAGGCGAAGAAGGUGCACGCGCCUCCGCCGGUGCACAGCUACCGGCCCGACAUUGACGGCCUCCGGACGCUCGCGGUCGUGCCCGUCCUCGUCUUCCACGCGUACCCGACGCUCUUUCCCGGCGGCUUCAUUGGCGUCGACAUCUUCUUUGUCAUUUCCGGGUUUUUGAUUUCCGGGAUUCUCUUCAAGGAGCACACGCGCGGCAAGUUUACGUACGCGAGCUUUUACGAGCGCCGCGUCCGCCGUAUUUUCCCGACGUUCAUCAUCGUGCUGAGCGCGACGCUCUGGCUCGGGUACCUCUACCUCAUGGCGCCCAAGCUCCAAGCGAUGGCGGCGACCAUCUUUGCCGGCACGCUCUUCAGCGCUAACCUCCAGGUCCUCUCGCUCGAGAAAGCGUACUUUGAUUUGGGCAACAACCCGGUCUUGCACCUCUGGUCGCUCGGCGUCGAAGAGCAGUUCUACAUUCUCUGGCCGUGCUUCUGCGCCAUCAUCAUGAAGCUCUCGUACAAGCGCGCGAUCUUCUUCCAAGUGGCGUUUAUGGCGCUGAGCUUUGGUAUCAACAUUGCCUUCCUUGGCUACCGCGACAACAAGGUGUCGUUCUACAUGCCGCUCUGCCGCUUUUGGCAAAUGUCCAUGGGCGGUCUCCUCUCGUAUGUGGCGACGCAAGCGGCUUCGUCGUUGGAGCCGCCGGCCGCACCGGUGAGCUCGGGCGGCUACACGUCGGCGGCGGGCCUUGGCCUCAUCCUCCUCGGCUUUGCCGCGAUCGACGAACACCGCGCGUUCCCCGGCUUUUGGGCCUUCCUCCCGACAGCCGGUGCGACCUUGCUCAUCGCGGCGGGCCCUACUGCGCCGUUCAACCGGUACGUCCUCGGGAACGCAGCCGUCGUGUACAUUGGCAAGAUCAGCUACUGCCUCUACCUCUGGCACUGGCCGCUCCUUGUCAUCACCAAGGACCGGUACCCGCUGGCAGCGACGCGGCCGUUCUUUGCCGAGCCGUGGGUCGUCCUCGUCAUCUCGUUUGCACUGAGUGUCGCAACGUACGAAGACGUUGAGAUGCGGCUACGCCGGAGCAAGAACAAGCUCAUCACGCCCGUGCUCGUGCUGGGUGUGGUCUGCAUCGCGUUGUUUUCGGCUGCCGUCCACGCCAACCCGGCCGACUACUCCAUGAUCGAGAUCGGUCUCAAGCACGCCGCCCCCCCGGCGCUUGUCGACGCGCCAGUGCUCGUUAACAACGCGUCCACUGGCAUUCCGGACAUCAUCGCACCGUCCUUGAGCCAAGCGCAGCAAGCCAUGAGGGACUACGGCUGGAACGAAGGCAUGGGCGACGAGCUGCCGUACAGCUCGCCGUACGUCACCAACUUGAUCCGACCGGCCGGCUACGGGCACCAGGUCAAGUAUUUUCCUGGGGAAGUCAAAGUCAUCAACCCCGGCCACGAGAAGGACAACGGCCUCUUGAUUGUCCUCGGGGACUCGCACGCAGACAUGUCCAAGCCGCGCUUUGUCAAGCUCUUUGAGGACGCGACCGCCAACAACGACGACAAGUUCCCGACCAUCGUGGUCAACAGCUACUCGGCGCGCCCGCUCCUCUCGUGCCGGGCCGAGUUCUUUGCCACCUUGGCCAUGGUGCAUGCAGUCAAGCCCCAAGCAGUGCUCCUCAUUGUGCAUUAUUUUCAGUACAUGCACCCGGGCGGCCCGUCCGAUCGGCCGCGCAACGCGAUUCCGGCGUGCUGCUACGACGACUACCUUCCGUGCGACGAGCAAAACAUGGAUGAUGUCAACGCCAUGUGGGUCUCGCUUCAGGAGGAGCUGACAAAGCUCACAGAGAUGGGCAUCAAGGUGUUUGUCGUCAACCAAAGCCCCGAGUACGAGCACAUGAACCCGUGGGCGUGGAUCUCGGGCGAGACGGUGACGCUGCCGACGCCGUUCCGCAAGAGCGUGUUCAACCGGGACUUUGAGUGGCUCCUCGACCCGCUGCACGCGACGGUCAAGGCCGCCAACGCGACGCUCAUCGACUACGCCGACAACUACUCGAACGGCGACGAGAUCACGCUCACGGACGCGCAAGGCUACCCGGUCUUUGCGUUUACGCAGCACUUUACCGCGCAUUUCUCGCGCAACUACCUCACGGUCGUCGACCAGGUCGUGGACGCGGCGCGGCUUCCAUAAGACCUCAUUGUUUGCACACUCGAUAUAUGAUGAUGACCUAAACGAAGUGAAUGGAUUGUCCCAUGUCGUUGGAA